AUGCUGAUUAACAAUCUACGUCGUUAUGCGCCGCUCUACCCGGUUCUGGGAAUUCUAGGCGCUUGCGCGCAAGCGUUCACGGUCGUUCCAGCUUGCAACUCCUCGAUCUAUUGCUCCGGCGAACUCCUUCACCGGGUGCAACUGGCCAGGAUAUUCCCCGACUCCAAAACCUUCGUCGAUCUGAAGCUCGUCCGUCCUGAGAAUGAAACGCUCGCAGACUUCGCGAAGCUGAUGCAAAAAACUGAGCAUAACCCGUCGCGGGAACAAUUAGCCGGUUUCUUAGAGCAUCAUUUCGCGGAAGGAAAUGAACUCGAAGACUGGCGGCCACCCGAUUUCAACCCGGACCCGUCUAUUUUGCAAGAAAUCGCUGAUCCUAAACUCCGCGAAUUCGCGAAAAAUGUCGUCAGUAUUUGGGACAAACUCGGCCGGAAAGUGAACCCCGAUGUCAAUACGCAUCCCAGCCAAUACAGUUUCCUUUAUGUACCCAACGGUUUUAUCGUCCCCGGUGGGCGCUUUAAAGAGCUCUACUAUUGGGAUUCUUUCUGGAUUAUACGAGGUCUACUAAUUUGUAAUAUGACGCAAACGGCUCGAGGUAUGAUCGAAAAUUUAUUAUAUCUGGUUGAAAAGAUUGGGUACAUUCCUAACGGAAGCCGUGUAUACUAUUUGGGCCGGAGUCAACCGCCCAUGCUGGCAGCGAUGAUGGCUAGCUUUUUUGCAGCUACGGGUGAUUUGGCUUGGCUCGAAAAGCAUUUACCAACUGUAGAGAAGGAAUUGCAUUAUUGGUUGGAGAAAAAGAAAGUUACCGUAGAAAUAGAUGGAAAGAAUUAUGUUCUACUUCGGUAUAUGGCCGACCGAAGCGAAAAUGGGCCACGACCAGAAUCAUAUUAUGAAGACUACUACACGGCACAAGUUCUAACAGAUGACGCAAAACGAGAAGCCUUCUACUCUGAAAUGAAAAGUGCAGCGGAAAGCGGGUGGGACUUUUCAACGCGAUGGUUCGUAACAGCCGGUAAAGAUGUCAUCGGUAAGCUUACAGAUGUUCAUGCUUCACGCAUUGUACCGGUGGAUUUGAACGCAAUCUUUGCGGGGGCUUUAGAAUUGGUAGGGGAUUUCCGUAAUCGCCUCAAAGACAGAAGAGCGGCGCAAAAGUGGUGGAACUUAGCAAAGUACUGGCGGACCGCUAUUGACAAGGUAUUGUGGGACGAUUCUGAUGGCGUCUGGUAUGAUUUUGACGCACAAGCGAGAUCCCCUCGGAGGCAUUUCUAUCCGAGCUGUGCCACGCCACUGUGGGCCGGAGCAGUGGAGGAGUACGACGCACCACGUUACGGGGGACGAUUGGUAAGAUAUUUGCUGUCAUCUGGAGCCCUCGAUUUUCCUGGGGGUGUGCCAACAUCGAUACUACACUCAGGAGAACAAUGGGAUUACCCAAACGCUUGGCCUCCUCUCCAAAGCAUAUUGAUAGGAGGUUUGGAAGCCAGCGGACAUGAGGAGGCGAAGAAAUUAGCCAGGGAACAGGCGAGUAUAUGGAUGCGAGCCAACUACUUAGGUUAUAGCACGUGGCAGAAAAUGUUUGAGAAGUAUAGUGCCGUACAGCCCGGGCAUGAGGGUGGGGGUGGAGAGUACGUAGUCCAGGAUGGCUUUGGAUGGACCAACGGGGUGGUGUUGGAACUUCUGCAGAGGUACGGCAAAGAGAUCACCUUGCACGAUCGGUCGGGAUCCACUUUACCUUACGUUCGCCAAGUAUUAUAA